AUGGACAAACCAAAGAAGCGCGUGGUCGUGCUGUGGCUGAACAAAGCCAUGAGCCACUUGAUCAAACCUCGAAUGCGCGGGGAAACAUUUCAGAAAUGGGCCAGCCGCAACAUGGACAGCUCCAAGCUGGCCACGAUCGUCGACGUGUUCCAAGUCGUGCUCGGCGUCAGCGUGACCAUCAUCUACUUUUACCAAAACUGGACCAAGUUCCAAGACGUGGCGGAAACCCCCAUGCUUCGCAACGCGCAAACGGUCAUUGGCGUGUUUUUUACGUUCGACUACCUCGUUCGCUUGAUUGCGUCUGAAAGUCCACAAACGUUCUUCCUCAACACCAUGUCGCUCGUGGACCUAGCGACAAUCUUGCCCCAGUGGUUGGAAAUGGGCAUCUCAGACGAUUCGGACUUCAAAAGCUUGGCGAAUGCGUUCAAGACCCUGCGAUCGCUCCGAUUUCUUCGGGCAUUUCGCCUCCUUGUGUUUGCCAAGACGGCCAAGGGGCGCCAAGCUGGCAUCCUCUUCCUCACUGUCAUGUCCAUCAUAUUUUGUUCGGCGGGAAUCAUUCAAGCAAUUGAAGCUUGCAAUAACGUCGGCGACUACAAGUGCCAGGACUUAGAAAUCUACAACGCUGCCUACUUUGUUGUGAUUACAAUUGCCACGCUGGGAUUUGGCGACCUGGCCCCCAAGUCGUCCAACGGCAAACUCGCCGUGAUCGGACUCAUCUUUUCCACGGGCAUCCUCUUGCCGCUACAGAUCAGCCGAUACAGCGACAUCCUCAGUCGAGAGACGGAAUUCGACAAGUCGUUCAAGGCCGAAAAAGAAAGGAACCCCCACAUUCUCAUUUGCGGCGAAGUGAAUUCAGGGGCUCUCGACUUUUUCCUCCGCCAAUUCCUGCACCCGAAUAACAUCAACUGGAAAGACAAAGUUGUGAUCCUGUGUCCGGGGCUCCCGUCCAACAACCUCCGACGGAUUCUGCUCAACAGCGCGUACGAGCAGCGAGUCGUGUACCUCCAGGGCAGCGCCAUGCUGGACUCGGACCUCAAGCGCGCGGGGGCCGCCAACGCGCGGCUCUGCUUUGUGCUACUCAACAAACUCUCGACCGACGGCGACCGCAACGACACGGCGUCCAACCUGCUCACGAUUUCCCUCCGCCACCACACCAACGACGUUCCGCUGUUUGUACAAGUGUUAAAGACAGACAACAUCCGGCACGUUCACAUGUCUGGCGCGAGCAACAUCAUUUGCAUCGACGAACUAAAGCUUGGCAUAUUGGCUAAAACGUGCGUGAUUCCUGGCAUGUGUGCGUUCCUCUGCAACAUGCUGUUUACGUUUCGACCGUUUUACGCGAGAAGUACGUUAUGGGCGUCCGAGUUUCUCAUGGGCUGUGCUCACGACGUAUACGAAGCCAGGCUGCCCGAGUACCUCGACGGAUGCCUCAGCUUUUCAACGCUGGCGUUGAUUCUGUACCAAGAGUAUGGCAUCGUGCCGCUGGCCACUGCGGGCCACAACCAUCUGGAUAUGCGUCUCUUUCCCUCCCGCAUGACAGUCAAGAGAUUGCACACAGUGUUCCUCCUCGCCACCUACCCCGACGCAGUCAACCAAGUCGAAACGCUGGGGCUACCCGUCCUGCAAAAGUACCAGGCCCGCAUUCCAAAUUACCCCAAGAUCGUGGACAAGUGGCAGGCAAAGUCGAUGACGGAGAAACUCCGCACGACCAUUCGAAACUCUGUGACAAGUAUCGGGCUCGCGACCAACCCGUCGAUGCUGUCGAUGGACUCGUCGCGAGCGAUCCCGGAACUGCUCAAAGCCAUGGAGGACAUUGCCAAGCGGCGGCUCACGGGCACCAUCACGCGCGUACUGCCGUGCGAAACGGAAGACGACGUCGCCGACCCGUCACAUCACGACGACAAAGACAUUAACCAUCUGACGGUCCACGACUCGUUGCGACCGCCGUCCGUGAUGCAGGUCGAGACGGAUCUUUCUCCAGCGAAAUCGAUGUUGCCACCGAUUCUACAGCCAGUGUCACCGGCAGAUACGGCAAACAUGAUGGCUACUGACGUCGUUGCUGUCGCCACCGCGGCUGAGGCGCCCCCCCCCCUCGUUCGUGGUUCCACUCGCCUUCCCUUUGUCAACAAUGCCGGCGCCAGCCCUCAAAACGACUCGCCACCCACGUCGUCGUCCCCCCUUAGCAACCAACCACAGUCGUUCGAGAAGCUGCUCAACCUGAGCCGCAGCCCGUCCGUGGCGUUUGCCGACUUUCUUGGGGUCGUUGUGCCCGCCAACCUCUCGGGGCACAUCAUCCUCUGCGGCAUGCCCAACGCCCUGCACGAUUUCGUCGCGCCGCUGCGCCACCAGCUCGACUCCCACGCCAAAUCCACACAGUUCCUCGGCAGUUCGCAGCACGCGAUGACCGCCACCCCCAUCAUAAUCAUCUCGGAGAUCCCACUCACGGAGAAGCAGCAUGCCAGCAUCGCCAUGUUCCAAAAAGUGUACUUUUUGUGUGGUUCUCCCCUCCAAGAAGACAUGCUACGCCAGGCGUCAGCGUUCACUGCCAAGAGCAUCGUCAUCCUCGGCAGUUGCCUCCAGUCCCCCGGGCGCUACGACGACGACGACGACGACGAAGAUGGGGUAGCCGCCGAUACGAAGGACCAAAACAUGCUCGAUACGGACGCGAUCACGUUGCAUCGAUACGUGGUCGAGUGCUGCGAAUGCAACUGCCCCCCGGGGUCGCCCAUGGCCACUGUGAUUGUGGAGCUGAGCCGCCCGAGCAGUCUGCGGUUCCUCAAAGACGAUCUCGUUCGAUCCGAGAAUCCAUCGACCUUGGAAGCCGUGAAAACUCUGACCAAGCGCGUGCUGUCGCGAGCAGACGACCCCCUCGACAACAUUUGCCAUCCCAUCUACGCCGCCGGCAAAGUGUUUAUUUCGAAUUCGCUGGACGCGGUACUGGGCAACUGCAACAAAUAUGGGUGUAUCAUUGACUUGCUGCACUUGCUUACGUUUGGAGAAGGCGCGACCAACGAGUUCGGCCGGGUAUUGGAUCAAAUUGCCGUUCCCAUCCUGUACCACAACAAGUCGUACCUAGAGUGCUUUGUGCAAAUGCUUGUGACCCAGGACAUUUUGUGUCUGGGGCUGUACCGCCACCGCCCGAAACGGCACAGCUACGUGUACGUCAACCCGAACGAGGACGUGCGGGUGCAAAGCAGCGACCGCCUCUUUGUGUUGCGAUGA